AUGCCAUCACAUGCGAUGUCGACUGUAGAUACCUCUCCUCCAAUCAUCAGCUUCGAUGGAUUAUCCGUCCCUGGUCAGAUGAAAAUCUUUCCUGAAUCGAGCUUUUUCGGACAGAGACGCGCGCUUACGCUUCCUGCGCCAGCUGAGGUCAGAGCCCGCAACAAGGAGUCGGAUGAUAUUCGUGCUACGAGCUUCGAUCGCCCACCACCUGUCACAUUCUCAUCGCUGGGAUUGCUUGUCAAGUACGGCAGCAACGUCACAAUUCUUGAGGCUCAGACCCAGAAGAUGGUGCACGAGCAACUGCAAGGCAAAGUCCCCGUGCCAGAGAUCUUUGGCUGGACAGAGGAUGGCGGGCAGAGGUUUAUUUAUAUGUCCUUGAUAGAGGGUGCGACUUUGCAAGAAAGAUGGUGCGACAUGAACGAGGACGAGAAGCGUGCCGUUUGUGAAGAACUCCAAGAAAUGGUAAAGGCGCUGCGAGCCUUAGAGCAAGACAGUCACGAUCGAUUUAUUGGUAGCCUAGGCAAGCAACCACUAAACGAGAUAUUCCUGGCAUCCCACCCAGAUCUCAGAGGGCCGUUCGUAGGCUCAAAUGCCGUUCAGCAGUUUCAAGAUGCUUGCGGAAUCGAGAUUGAUAGCGAAGCGCCAAUUGUACUGACACACGAUGAUCUCGUCCCGCCCAACGUCGUCUUGUCGCUGGGGCUCAAUCCGAAAGUGGCAGCUAUCAUUGAUUGGGGCCAGGCGGGGUGGCUUCCCGCGUACUGGGAAUAUUGCAAGGCGAGACGGGUGAGGCUCAAUCCGAAAUUUUUCAGUGAUGCUGCUCAAGAAGAGUGGCGUACAAAAUAUCUCCCAACAAUUCUAGACCCGGUAGAUGACGAGGCAUACUACCAUCCUUGGCUCUAUUUCGUCCUAUCGAAGGGCAUCUAA